CCACUUCGGACACCCCGGGAUGCUAGCACCUCCCCGACCCCAUUGUAGCUACUAGCUAGCGGGUAGCAUUAGCAACAAGCUAGUUUUUACCAUUUGUUCAGACAGGAUGGAGAACAGUGAGAGGAUGGAGGUGGACAGCUCGGAUCCGGGUCUGGAGGAAGAGUUUGGUAUCUCCCUGGAUGAGCUGAAGAAGUGGAUUGAAGAAGCCGUGGAAAAGAGUGAGAUUGUGCAGAAGAAAAAGGCUCAGUUGACAGAGCUUAAGGAAUGGGUGGAGCAGAAAGAGGAGGAGGAAGCAAAGACAGAAAUGCUUCUCAACGAUGCCAACCAGUCUGUAAUGGAGUGUGAGAAGCUGGUAAAGGCAGCUUAUCAAAGGAACGGUCUUGUUUACCGUGAGAGCAGUUCAGAGGACGAGGGAGGUGGUGGAGGCGCUCUGUCCUCUGAAGUCAUUGAGAUAGAUGAUGACGAUGAUGAUGACGUCAUUGCUGUUGGCUGUUUGGUUCCUCCAAAGAAGACUUUAACUCCUGCCAAAGACUCAGCGUUGAAAGAAGCCUCUACAGUUCUACAGAAAACCUCCCAGCAGGUUCAGAAGUUGGUCCAAAUUGUUGCAAAGCCUUCACCUGGUGCUCCAUUGGUUCGACCUUUAACACAGCCUUCAGCUCAGUCAGGCAUUCAGAGUUCAGGACCAGCAGUGUUUGUAUCCCAAGCUCCAUCUCAAGCCAUGACCCAGCCAAACCCUAACAUAAAAGAAGAUGAGCUCAAAGUUGGAAUGAACAUUUUAGGAAAGAAACGCACCAAGACAUGGCACAGAGGCAACUUAGUUGCUAUCAACCCUGUUGGCAACGGUGUAUUCAAGUAUAAAGUGAAGUUUGAUAAAGGCAAAAGUCUACUGUCUGGAAAUCAUGUGGCUUUUGACUAUAACCCCACUCUGGAGAGCCUGUUUGUUGGGGCUCGUGUAGUCGCCAAGUACAAAGAUGGCAACCUGGUUUGGCUUUAUGCAGGAAUUGUUGCAGAGAUGCCCAACAACAAGAACCGCAUGAGAUUUCUGAUCUUCUUUGAUGACGGCUAUGCUUCAUAUGUGAUACUGCCUGAACUCUACCCAGUUUGCAGACCAUUAAAGCGCACUUGGGAGGAUAUAGAGGAUGCAUCUUGCCGAGACUUCAUUGAGGAGUACAUCUCUGCCUAUCCCAGUAGGCCAAUGGUGCUCCUAAAGGUUGGCCAGAUAAUCAAGACAGAGUGGGAAGGAACUUGGUGGAAGAGCAAAGUGGAGGAGGUGGAUGGCAGCUUGGUCAAGAUUCUCUUUUUGGAUGAUAAGAGGAGUGAGUGGAUCUACAGAGGAUCCACCCGGUUAGAGCCCAUGUUCAAUCUGAAAAUGACAACAGCAAACACACAGGAGAAGAAGCUGGCUGGUCAGCAGAGGACAAGACCUAACAUGGGGGCAUUAAGAAGUAAAGGCCCUGUAGUUCAGUACACUAGCGUUGAACAUGUCGGAGGGUCUCCUGUCAAAGCACCGCCUGCCUCGCCCAGUCAGCCUCCAACGACACCUCUGGUUCAACAGCGCCCACAACCUCAGCAGCCCCAGCAAACCCCUCCGCCUGCACAAGCUCCACAAGCUCCACAAGCUCCACAACCUCCACGUGUUGAGAAUAAACAUCAAAUGGCUAAGAAGAGUACUUCUCCAUUUAUACCUGGUGUGGGAGGCACACAUGCCUCUAAAGUCCUGCAGGCCAACAUUUCCAGCAACCUCUCAAGUGGAAGGACGUUGAUUACUCCAAAUACUCCUACACCCAUUACACCCAUUUUCACACAAUCGUAUCAGAGACAGGUGGUUCCUGCCCCUCCUCCUGUGCAACACACGAUAGCCGCCAUCCCUCAACAGCCUUCAUACCGAGCCCCUACAGACCGCAUUUUCUACCUGGCACACACAUGUCAGCCUGCUUGUCUGAAUCGUGUCCGACCAGUAAAACCAGACACACACAGAGGGAAGAACCCCCUCCUCACACCAUUACUGUAUGAUUUUAGACGUAUGACAGGACGACGCAAAGUCAACCGCAAGAUGUCCUUCCAUGUGAUCUACAAGGCUCCAUGUGGACUUUGCCUGCGUAACAUGUCAGAGAUCCAGCACUACCUCUUCCAGACCCGCUGUGACUUUAUAUUUUUAGAAAUGUUCUGUUUAGACCCCUAUGUGCUUGUGGAUCGGCCCUUCCAGCCACAAAGGCCCUUUUAUUAUAUUCACGACAUCACUGGUGGAAAAGAGGACAUCCCACUCUCCUGUGUCAAUGAGAUUGAUACCACCCCGCCUCCUAAAGUAGCUUACAGUAAAGAGCGUAUUCCUGAAGAUGGAGUAUUUAUCAACACUAGUGCAGACUUCCUGGUUGGCUGUGAUUGUACUGAUGGCUGUCGAGACAAGUCUAAAUGCUCUUGUCACCAGCUGACACUUCAGGCUACAGCUUGUACACCAGGGGCACAGGUCAACCAAAAUGCAGGAUACGCGUAUAAACGAUUAGAGGAGUGCCUCCCCACUGGGAUCUACGAGUGUAAUAAAAGGUGCAAAUGCUGUGCUCAGAUGUGCACUAACCGGCUGGUGCAGCACGGCCUGCAGGUCCGUCUUCAACUCUUUAAGACGCAGAACAAAGGCUGGGGUAUCCGGUGUCUGGAUGAUGUGGCCAAGGGCUCAUUUGUCUGCAUUUAUGCUGGUAAAAUCUUGACAGAUGACUUUGCUGACAAAGAAGGACUAGAGAUGGGUGACGAGUACUUUGCUAAUCUGGACCACAUAGAGAGUGUGGAAAACUUCAAGGAGGGCUAUGAAAGCGAGGCUCACUGUUCGGACAGUGAGGGAAGCGGCGUGGAUGUGUCCAGGAUAAAAAUCCAGCCAUCAGCUCUAGUAUCGGGCAGCUCUGGGGGGCGACAGCUCAAGAAGGCCCGAGGCUCAAGCUCAUCAGACGACAGCAAUGAUGAUGACGACAAAGACUCGAAAAGUGAAGAUGAAAGCGACAGUUCUGAUGAUACCUUUGUGAAGGACAACUACUUCAGCUCCAGCUCUGUGUGGAGGAGUUACACCACACGUGGGCAGCUCAAAGGCAACAAGGAAGGGAGUCAGGACAGUAAAGAUGGAUUGAGCGUCUCCACCAGAGAACCAGAUGAUGAGAAGCCACCAUCCAUGCCAGAGGAGACGGGGAAAAGUAAAGUGGCUUUGUGGCUAACAAGCCAGGGGCUGAAGAAGGAAACUGGAGACAACAAGAGUCAAAUAAAGUCUGAACCAGUGAAGAAGCAGGAGAAGCAGGAUGUGAUGACUCUUUCUGACAGUGACGAUGUUCAGACCAUCAGCUCAGGAUCUGAAGACAACAAGGAGAAAGAGAAAGUCAUACCAGGUACGACCAAAAAACAGGUGGCAGUGAAAUCCACUCGAGGCAUCGCCCUUAAAAAUAGCCACAGCAUGAUGGUAAAAACCGGAGCAUCUGGAGGCAUGGGAGGGUCAGGGAGUCAGGGGGGGAAACCUGGACAGCAGGGGCAAGGUGGAGGAGGUGGAGAAAACGCUCCCAAGAACACCCGGCUCUUCUUCGAUGGUGAAGAAUCCUGCUACAUCAUUGAUGCCAAGCUGGAAGGAAAUCUUGGACGUUACCUCAAUCACAGCUGCAGCCCGAACCUUUUCGUCCAGAAUGUGUUUGUGGACACGCAUGACUUACGAUUCCCCUGGGUGGCGUUCUUUGCCAGCAAGCGGAUCCGGGCCGGCACGGAGCUGACCUGGGACUACAACUACGAGGUGGGCAGCGUGGAGGGUAAAGAGCUGCUCUGCUGCUGCGGAUCCACCGAGUGCAGAGGAAGACUACUGUGAUCCAUCUUGACGUGUGCUACAUCUGUU